AUGUCUUCGCCACGCCCCAAGUCUCCUCGAACUCCAGUUUUACCCAAAAAGGAGGACAAGGAAGAGUCCUUUUGGGAUAAGAUUGGAACCAUCGGCCGUAAGAAGCGAAUAAAGGAAGUUCAAGAAGUGCAAGCCGAAGGGAAAUAUGCCAUUGAUUCUCCAGGAAGCCCGACUGCACCUGAAAUUCCACCUGAAGAGUAUAGUUUGUUGGACAAUGAAGAGAGAGCAAUAAUCGAACCACGUUCAGUGGAAGAUCCAAGAGUCAAAGAACUUAUUCAGGUUUUAAUAGACUGGAUUAACGACGAAUUAGCUGCACAACGUAUUAUCGUAAAAGACAUAAAAGUGACACAGAGUGAAGAAGGACAAAGACAGAAGCUGGCAAUUGUACUGCGGGCUGUUAAUAGGGUACUAUAUGGUACAGCGAAACCGGUGCAAAAGUGGAGUGUGGAUUCAAUACACUCAAAGAACGUGGUCUCCAUUCUCCAUUUGUUGGUCGCGCUCGCGCGUCAUUUCCGAGCACCGAUACGUCUGCCGGAAAAUGUCAGUGUUAACGUCGUCGUCGUUAAGAAGGAUGCGCCGAAUCAGUUAUCGCACAGGACCUACAUCGAAGACAUAACGACGACAUACGACGACCUCGGCAUGAAAUGCGAGCGAGACGCGUUCGAUGCCCUUUUUGACCACGCUCCGGAUAAGCUACAGGUCGUUAAGAAGUCCCUAAUAACAUUCGUGAACAAACACCUGAGCAAAGUAAACCUCGAAGUGAUGGACCUGGACAGCCAGUUCCAUGACGGUGUGUUCCUAGUGCUGCUGAUGGGUCUACUCGAAGGUUUCUUCGUGCCGCUGUACGACUUCUUCCUUACGCCGCAAGACUUUGACCAGAAGGUCCACAAUGUGUCUUUAGCUUUUGAAUUGAUGCAAGACGUUGGGCUGGCUAAGCCUAAAGCAAGACCCGAAGAUAUCGUGAACUUGGAUCUGAAAUCGACACUGCGAGUGUUGUACAAUCUCUUCACUAAAUAUAAAAACAUCGCUUAA